GGCAGAGCAGAGGCAACAACUAGCAACCGGGCGUCUUUUCAAGAGCCGACAGCCGACAACCAUUCUGCAAGCAACACUCCCUUCUUCGCAGAAAAAGAAAGGCAAGGCAGAGCCCGAUUCGAUUUUCGGACUCAGAACCCGCCAUGGCGACCGAUCUCAAAAGCGUUCAGUAUGCAGUGGACAUCUCUUCGAGGAUCGCCUACAUCACCUUGGAUCGGCCGGAGCGGCUAAAUGCCAUCGACGAUCGCAUGCCACAGGAGAUUGCGAAGUGCGUGAGCCUUGCAAAUGCUGAUGACCGGGUCCAUGUGAUCGUCCUGUGCGGCAAUGGACGUGCCUUUUGUGCUGGCUACGACUUGAAGGAGUAUUCGGAAGGAUCUGCUGUGGGAGAAGCUUCACCUAAUCAGCAAAUGCCUUGGGAUCCCACAGUGGAUUUCCAAUUCAUGUGGGCAAACACGCAAGACUUCAUGUCGCUUUGGCAUUCCUACAAGCCGACCAUUUGUAAGGUGCAUGGCUUCGCUGUCGCAGGUGGUAGCGACAUUGCGCUUUGCUGCGACGUGGUGAUCAUGGCGGAGGACGCAAAAAUUGGAUACCCACCCGCUCGGGUUUGGGGCUGCCCCACCACCGCCAUGUGGAGCUUCCGCUUGGGUCCGGAGAAGGCCAAGCGGAUGCUCCUCACGGGGGAUUUGAUCACCGGGGCUGAAGCGGCAAAGAUGGGUCUGGUCUUGCAAGCCGUCCCGGCUCUGGAGUUGGAUCAGAGGACUGAAGAGCUGGCGCAGCGGAUGUCCAGCAUUCCACGGAAUCAGCUCAUCAUGCAGAAGAUGGUCAUAAACCAGUCCAUCGAGGCCUCCAUGGCGGCGACCCAACGCUUGGCGACCCUCUUCGAUGGCGUGACGCGACACUACCCCGAAGGCAUGUGGUUCAAGGCCCACGCGGAGGCUCAUGGCUUCCCCAGUGCUAUACGCCUCCGCGACGGGGGCGCACCGGUGGCGCCACAGGUUGCGCGGCCCACGCUACCACGUGCGCGGCUGUAA